CAGCUGUCAAAAUACACCUUUUGUACGUUUUUUUUAAGGUCUACAUACUUUUUAAGUUUAAAAACUUAUAAAUACAUACAUACUACAAUUAAUAUAUUUAUAAAGUAUAACAAAAAACGUCGGGCCAGAUAAAUGCGACUUAAUGAUGUCAUGCGAUCGGCCCACGGAUGUUUAUUUAUACCGCAUAAAUCCUUGUUUAUACUGCGCGAAGCCAAUUCAGGAUUUUUACAACGGAGGCGUGUGUAAUAUAAUCCUUUCAACCGAUUCGGCCGUCCCCACAUGUUGCAUGCGAGUGUUGCGAAACGGUUCAAGCAACACGCAACAUGCUCUCUGCCUGCUUUCUCCGUUUUUUCCGCUCGCGAGCCGAGCGGCAGAAGAGCAGCCGAAGUGGCUUCGGCUGCGGCCGAGUGGCAAAGCGACUGCGGAGGCUUUGAUUGAAAUCGAAGAAGCUCAGUUCAGUUCAAGUCGAUGUACGCUGCCGAGCGGUUGCGUCGUUCCCGCUGAAGCUGUCGCUGUCGUUGUGUGUGUAAGAGUGCCGCUGGAGUGUGUGUCUGUGUGUGAGAGUACCGCUAGCCAGGACACACCGUUAUUUUGUGCAGUGAAAACAAUUGCCAGUGUGCAAUUGCAAUGGCAAUAGGCAUUGCAAUCAAUGCCUAGAUCACAACUCAUCGCGCCGCCCUCGCUCCAAAAAUCCAAUUCAAACAUCAUCCCCUUUCGCGUGGACCGAGGUUCGCUCGUAACGCAAACGAAAAGGAAACCGAAACCGAAAACGACGAAAAAACGCGAUGCGAAUUAAAGCUUUGCGUGGCAAAAUGUGCUAACCGAGGCAACAAAACAAACCAACCAUUCAAAAAAAAGAAAAAAAAGAAUAAGAAUAAGAAAAUGUACAUACAUAUUACAUAUACACAUGUAUAAGCAGCACGUGAAGAAAGAAAAAAUCCCGAAUAGCUGAGGAAAAUUGCGUAGAAAAGUAAUAAUAGAAAAAAACAGCCAGGGAAAUGCGAAUUUCGUUGGCCGAAAAAUAAAAACGAUUAUCAUCCAAACGAGUGUGCCAGUGUGCCAUAGUGCCAUUGUGCCAGUGUGUGUGCGCGAGUGUGUGUGUGUGCGGCGGGGCUAGCCCUAUAAAUAACAUUGGGUCUGGCCGAGCGCUAAUUACGGCAAAACAUGAAAAUCUUGGCGAAAAGCGCAGCAACAACAACAAGUGAAGCCAAGGCGGCAAUUAAUCAAUUUUCCGCUUGACCCACAAGGAAGUUUCCAUAUCAUAAUUAAAAGAGGGGCCCGCAAAAACGAAGGAUACAAUCGCACGAAAGUAAGAGCAAAAGGUCAAUGCAUAUCCUUGAGUUACGAAAAAGCAAUGCAAAAUACAUAUAAAAUAAAACUGCAAAAGUUUCCAUAUCAACAAAGGACACAUCAACCAACUUAAAUCAGAAACUAAUUAAGAGAAAUAAAUAAAAUAUCAUAAACAAAUUAAAAAGACUUACAAAAAGACCGAUGAAAAUAAGAGCAUAACUGAAACCUCUGCAAACCCCAUGAUAUUGCUAAUCGCAAACAAACACUGGGCUUUGGCCUAAAACGCUCAACUAGAAGACUUAAAGAAACAGCCAGGAAAAUGCAUAUCAGAGAAGUGGUUUUCCUGCUCCUCACCCUGCUGCCUGGCAUGAUCCUGGGCAAUCGCUACAAUCAGCUGCAUCUGUAUGCCAAUGGAGGAGGAGCAUCGUCAUCGGGUCCUGGUAGCUACAGGCCCUCGCCCUCCUCACAGAACGAGGUGUACUCCAUAGCGGACAGCCAGCCGAUGACCGAGGAUGGCUACAUGCCCCCCAGCCAGCACUUUCCGCCCACCCACUCCGACCUGGAUCCUCCCGCCCAGCAGCAAAGCACCUGCCAAACGGUCUGCGCCUGCAAGUGGAAGGGUGGCAAGCAGACGGUGGAGUGCAUCGAUCGCCACCUCAUCCAGAUACCCGAGCACAUCGAUCCCAAUACCCAGGUGCUGGACAUGUCCGGCAACAAGCUGCAGACCCUCUCCAACGAGCAGUUCAUCCGUGCCAAUCUGCUGAACCUGCAGAAGCUGUAUCUGCGCAACUGCAAGAUCGGCGAGAUCGAGCGCGAGACCUUCAAGGGACUGACCAAUCUGGUGGAGUUGGAUCUGUCGCACAAUCUGCUGGUUACCGUGCCCAGCUUGGCCCUGGGCCACAUACCCUCACUGCGCGAACUCACCCUGGCCUCCAAUCACAUACACAAAAUCGAGAGCCAGGCCUUUGGGAACACACCAUCGCUGCACAAAUUGGACCUGUCGCAUUGCGAUAUUCAGACCAUCUCCGCCCAGGCAUUUGGUGGCCUCCAAGGACUCACGUUGCUCCGCUUGAAUGGCAACAAAUUGAGUGAGCUCCUGCCCAAGACAAUUGAGACCCUGAGUCGACUUCAUGGCAUCGAACUGCACGACAAUCCCUGGCUCUGCGAUUGCCGAUUGAGGGACACGAAACUCUGGCUGAUGCAAAGGAAUAUUCCCUAUCCGGUGGCUCCCGUUUGCUCGGGUGGACCCGAAAGGAUCAUCGAUCGCAGCUUUGCGGAUCUGCAUGUGGAUGAGUUUGCCUGCCGGCCGGAGAUGUUGCCCAUAUCGCAUUAUGUGGAGGCGGCCAUGGGCGAGAAUGCAUCGAUCACGUGUCGAGCGAGAGCGGUUCCAGCUGCGAAUAUAAACUGGUACUGGAACGGACGACUGCUGGCCAACAAUUCCGCCUUCACCGCCUACCAGCGGAUACACAUGCUGGAGCAGGUGGAGGGUGGAUUCGAGAAGCGGUCCAAGCUGGUGCUGACCAACGCCCAGGAGACGGACACCAGUGAGUUCUACUGCGUGGCCGAGAAUCGAGCUGGAAUGGCCGAGGCCAACUUCACCCUACACGUGAGCAUGCGAGCAGCGGGCAUGGCCUCCCUGGGCAGUGGCCAAAUUGUGGGUCUGAGUGCCGCCCUGGUGGCUCUGAUUGUAUUUGCCCUUGGGGUUGUUAUGUGCCUGCUCCUUAGGGUCAAACGGCAGCCGUAUGUCGAUAGCAAGACGCCCAAUCACAUGGAGGUAAUAACAUCGGUUAACCACCAGAACUCCAUCACCAACAAGACCCAGCCUGCCACGGGAAAUGGCAGCAUUGGCGGAGUGGUCAUCGCCAAUGGAGCGGUGGCCAACAUCAUCGAUGGCGGAGUGGUGCAGGGUGGAACUCUGGAGCGGAAGAGCAGCGGAAGGGGAGGCGUAGCCCUUGGAGGACACGACCAGCGCAGUGCGAAUCCCGUACAGAAACCGCCGAGGCUGACAGAUCUUCCGUACUCCACGCAGGGCUAUGACAACAACGGAAGUGUCCUGUCCACUGCCUCCUGUUUCAUCUCGCCCAGUGGAUCGGCCGGCAAUGGGGGCAACAAUCCUGAUCUCAUCAAUGACACCAAACGUUUCGGGAGCGACGAGUUUGCGGAUCUGAAGAUACCACCCAUCAGUGGUGUUGGAGUGGGCGGCAGUGGGGAGUAUAGUCGCGCCAACGGCUGCGACUCCCUGUAUCCUUCGGGUCUGUGGGAGCAUGGUGCUCCAGUGGGCGCCACAUCCGCGGAUGACUUGUUCAUGAAGCGCUACACCGACAAGACGCCCAUCAUUGACUCCACUCAGCUGUAUGACCUCCAUGAGCGAACGGCGGCCACGGACUAUUUCAGCAAGACCUUUCCCAGAUCUCAUCUCCAGCAGGGCAUGAUGACGGGUGGCGGCGGUGGAACCUCGACGGCGUCGACGGUGACCACCAAUUUGUCGGGCGGCUCCUCAUCGGGUUACCCCAACGAUUAUGGUCUGCCUCUGGUGCCGGGUGCAGAGCACCAGCACAACCACCAGCUGCAGAUGCAUCCACUGCAGCAGCUCCAGCAGCAGCUGACCUCCACGCUGAACCACCAGAAACAGGAGGGCAGCUCCACCGGGAGCAGUCCGCACUUCAGUAGCCGCACACUGCCACGCCUGCACGAUGGGAGUGGCGGAGGCGGGGGCGGCAGUUCCAGGUCGUCGCCAACGCCAACGCCAAUGCCAACGGUUAGCGGUGGCCAUGCCAGCCAGGCGGCACAUCCCAGCACCUCCAGUUCCUCCUGCUCCAUCCUGCCCAACGGACAGCCAAUCAACGCCAAGACGAUACGGGUGUGGCAGAAGGGCGGAGUGCCCGUCCUGCCGCCCGUGACGGCGCUGAAAAGGGCCCUGAUCAGCAGCAGCCGGAAUUCGCCGGACGAGGGUUACCAGGAAGGAUGCGGCACGGAUGUGUAAGCGAAGGAGCGGGGCGGAAACCAAACCAAGAACUGACUAAACUUAACACAACUAAAACUAAACAAAACAAAAGAAAGGAAAACAAAAAACAAAGCAAAUAAGAUGUAGCGACGAAGGAGAUGGGAGGAGGUAGCUCUUUUUAGGUUUAACACUGAUAGAUAGCUCCGGGGUCCUAGGCGAGCAGCGAUUAUUGUGCAAGCGAACUGUUUGUGAUAGUGUCUGACAAAAAGAUAAUGCGAAUGAAGAUAAUAAUUGCCCAAAGCAAAGAGAAAGCUAAAACGAAAUCAACUGCACUACACUAAAGUAUACUCUCCUUGGCAAGUAACUCAACUAACUAAACUAAAACUAAAACUAAAACUAAACUAAUUGUAAACGUAAAUUAAAGUUUAUUUAAAAUAGGAUAUGUACAGCAUUCUUUCUUUGAAUAACAUGACAAACUCUCAACUCCCCGCAUAACGUAAAAAAUAACCCAAAAAUAUAUGGAAAACCGAAAACCAACCAUGUGAAUGUAACUAAAUCUAUAAAUAUGAAUAUAUACACAUAUAUGAAUAUGUAUGUGACUAUGUGUGUGCAUGUGUGUGUGUAAUUUCUUCGUUGUUCGGUUAGAAAAAAAAAGGAAAAAGGAACCCAAAACCAAUAAGCCCUUCCUCCAAGAGUUAUUAUCGUAAAUCAGACACGAAAAAUCCCAACUUGUGGCUCAGCAUUUGUAAAAUAUACGUUCACAUGUAUGAUAUGCAUACGCAUGGUAAAACUGCCGAAGAAGUUAUAUAAAUCUUGGUAACUGUAUAUAUUAGAUAACCCAUAGACAAAGAAAUCCAAUUCUUGAUCCGACUAUUGUUGCAACCAUUCUAUGUCCCGAUAGAUGCUGUGAAAUAAUGUUAAACUUAGGCAGACUGUAAGUCUUACCAAAGGGGUAGCAGUGAAGAGGUUUAUUUCGUAUCCUUUGCUUUCUAAAAUACUAUUUGUAUAGUAAAUAAUUGAAAAUGUUGUCUACUGUUUAUUUAACAAUUCUACCAAUUUCCAGUUUCUAAAGUGAUUUUGUCACCCAUUGUAAUUUGCAUUUAUUUAAAUUAUUUAUAUAUUGUCCCCAUGCCACACUUGCAAUUGCAAAGUUUAAUCGUAAUUAAAUGAAGUUCCAUUUACUGCAUACAAUUUACCCCCAAACGUUAUUUACUGCUACCGAAAAUUGAAAAAAAUAAAUGUUGAAAAACAAUACCACAUGCUUUUAAAUUUUCCAAUAAAUCUAUCAGAAAGCAAGCUCGGUGGAAAGAAAUUUAAGAAAAUAAAUACUGUGGGCAGUCAAAAAACAAACAUGAAAACCAAUCGGAGAAAAUUCAAAUUGAAGACAGAGAAAAAUAUUCGACGAAUGCAUACGUAAUAUAGCAUAUGUAAAUUGUACUCAAAGUGCACACACACACACAUCCAUAUCCAUAUACAUACACUCACAAACACAUCACAGGCAACACAAACACAUAGCCAGAUACGUGUACAUGUAGAUGUAUGUCAGUUUGUCCUUGUAACGAUUUAAAGCGUAUCCACAAGAUAUUAAUUGCCCCUAUCUGCUAAGACUUAGAAUUUAAGCAGACAACAAAACCAGAUGGAAACACAAACAGAAUAAUAUUUUUAAGGUAAACCAAAGACUUUUUUCUUUGCAUCUAAAUGAGCGCAGGAGUCUUCAAAGGACUCGCAACAACAAACAGUAGGCUCACACACCCAUACACAUACACAUACACAGAUACAGAACACACACACACACAGCCGAAAGUAAUCUUAAAAGAGGAAAAAAGAGCAAGAAAAAACCGUAGCAUUUAAGUUGAACUUAUGUAUUAUGUAUUGUAUAAUAUAAAACCUACGUAUAGUAUAUAGUCUAUAGAUGUGUACACUUAUCAACGGAGCGGCAUAGCUAACAAGCGAGGGGAAGGGAGGGGAGGGAGAGAAAGUGGGUGAAAGUCGAGAGCGGGAGGGAGAGAGAGAGAGAAGAUAGCCCGCAGACAAAAGGCGGGCAUUGAAUGCAUGAAAGCAACUGAAUGAACAACAAAGCAAAAAGGAAAUAUAUAUAACAUUAUAUAUAUCUAUAUAUAAACGAAAAA